AUGGACUCAGUUGCAUACGCACUGAUGCGGGAUUCGAUCCGUGAUGCGGGUUUUUUGAACUCCAUCAGUGUGCGACCUAAGAACGGUCGCUACGAGAUUAUCGAUGGCCUCUAUCGAUAUAACUGCGCCGUGGAACUUCGGCUGGAGGCUAUUCCCUGCAUCAUUAAGGAAGGGGUUUCUGAUCGCGAUGUCCUGGCUUACCAGAUUCAAGCCAACGCCGUUCGCCCGGAAACGACGCACACUGAGUACGCUCGGCAGCUUCAACGAAUCUUCAAAUCCAGUGCUGGGAUGUCGUUCCCGGAACUUGCGGAUUUGACGAAGAAAGACACCCAAUGGCUACGUGAUCAUUUGCGAUUGCUGGACUUGACAGAAGAGCAACAGACCUGGGUCGAUCGGGGUGAGAUACCUGUUGAGAACGGGGUGUGGUUGGCCAAGAUUCCGCAGCGAUUUCGCUAUGAAUACGUGGACCUUGCCAGGGCGAUGACGGUGAAGGAAUUCAGGCCCAUUGCGACCGGCGUGAUUAAGCAGUUUCGCGAGAUGGUGCAGCAAGGCCGCUACGACGAGAAGUUGAUGAAUCACGGUAUUCCUCAAGCCUACCUGCGAAAUAUCUCAGAGCUUCGACGAGAGAUCAAACAAUCAACGGAGGCCGGGUUGGUAAUCGCUGCCGAGAAGUGCCAGACCAUGGUUGAUGCCUGGAGGGCCGCUUUGAAGUGGGUGAUUCACCUGGAUGCGAAAAGCGUUGAGAAGUUUCAGCAUGACCAUAAGAAACGUGAACAAGCGAGAAUCCUUCGCGAAUACGGAGGCAAGAAUGACUUGGCCUCGGACGCGGACUUUGACGAAUUGGCCAAGGGUGGCGAUUUCCUCGGUCGCCUCCAACUCUACAGCAAGGGUAAGGCCGUUGAUAAGCGUCUUAUCCAGGGCGGCAACUUCGGAAUCCCCGAAGGCAAGGACGAGAUAGUUGACCUCGGCACUUCCGUCGAUUUGUUGGUGUUCGCUCGCCGCCCGAAGGCGAUCGACAUGAAGGACCCCGAAAACUUGAUCAUCGAAUACGACAACAAGUCGGACGGGUUCAAGCGAAUCGCCAUGGAGGCCGGCGAGAAAGACUCCAACUGCAUGUACGGCGUGAGCUUCCUCUGCUUCGAGCGCACGACCGGCCGCUGGUUGGAAUUCUUCUGUGGCAGCAAGUCCACCCGGAUCGAAGCCAAGAAGAUUUUCCCGUUCCUCCCGCUGACCGCGGAAGCCAUCGCAGCCCGAGAACUCGAAGACGUCGAGCCGCACGGCCCGCUGCCACUGACGCUGGAAUCGAAGUACACCGAAAAGGGUCCGUACUCAUGGUUCACGCCGCAGGUGAAGAAGUGCAGCACUCCGUUUACGAAGCUGCCCAAGACGGACGACAUCAUCGCUCAGGUGACGAAGUUCGUGAACCCGAGCAAGGAAGGCCCGGAAAAGGUUGUGGAGCCCGAACCCGAGCAAGGAAAAAAGAAACGGGGGCUACGCGCUUCCACCUUAGAAGCUGCCGGUCAUUGGCGGUAG